AUGAGCAAGCCUAAUGAGCCUGUUCCAGCACAGGUGGAGGGCGAGGUCCUGAGCGACUCGCUGAUGGACGGGAACGCGGCCAACGCCGUCACUAAAUACCCGAGCGGUGAGCACGACAGCCAUCCCCUUAAAAGAGGAAACCUGACGGACUCAUCGAGUCACAAUGGCAACGGUGCCGACGCCGCCAAGCCGGAGCGCAACAUCAUCUUCCGGUUCACCGGGUGGCUGAUACCGUAUGGGGGUGUCAUCUCGAACUGCUUCAGCCUUGGCUCCGUCACACUCGGCGGCGGUAUCAUCUCGAUGCCGUCGUCCUUCGCCAUGUCGGGCAUCAUCAUGUCUGUCAUCUACCUGGUGGUCAUCACAGCGGCGACGGUGUACACCAUGACGCUGCUUGGCUACGCGAUGAAGGCGACGGGCUGCAAAACGUUCGAGGAGCUGUCUCUCGUGCUCUUUGGUCGCGGCUGGGACUACUUCGUUGGGUUUGUCCUGUGGCUGUCGUGCUUUGGCACGGCGGUCGCCUACAUCAGCGCCGUCAGCAGCCUCAUCACGCCGAUCCUCGAGAAGUCGCCCGGCACGCCCGCGUACCUGCUCACCACCUCCGGCAACCGCCUGAUCACGAGCUUGGUAUGGCUCGUGUUCAUGGUGCCCGUCGUGAUUCCGAAGCGCGUGAACAGCAUCCGCUACGUCUCCGCAAUCGGUGUCUCCAUGGUGCUGUAUUUCGUUGUCACCAUUGUGGUGCACUCGAGCAUGCAUGGGCUGAAGGAGGGCAUGCGCGGUGACAUGAAGUACUUCACCAGCGGUAACAAAGCGGUUUACGGAUUGUCCAUCUUCGUUUUUUCGUUUCUGUGCCAGGCUGUGACGGGGUCAGUGUAUUUCGAGCAGCGCCCUCGCCCGUCUGUGAGCCAGCUGACGAUUGCGAGUGCGAUCUCGAUGACGGUGUGCAUGGUGCUGUACAUCAUCACUGGCGUGUUUGGCUACUUUGACUUCGCGGACGAUACGCAGGACUCCAUCCUGUACAACUUUGACCCUGUGAAUCAGCCGUACAUGAUGAUCGCGUACAUUGGCAUGCUGAUCAAAAUCUGCGCCGCCUUUGCGAUGAACAUGCUGCCGUGCCGAAACUUCGUCUACCACUGCCUGAACUGGGAUUUGGACACGGUGCCGUACUGGAAGCACACCAUCGUGAUUCUCACCAUGGCUGUCGCCAUCCUUGUGUGCGGUCUGUUCAUCCCGAGCAUCAACACGGCCUUUGGUUUGGUGGGCUCCCUGUGCGGCGGGUUCAUCGGCUUCAUCUUCCCUGCGUACUUUUGGAUGUACAGCGGCAACUGGAGUAUGGCAUCUGUGGGCAUCUGGCACUGGCUGGCGACGUACUUCCUCGUGGUGGCGGGUGUCAUUGCAGUUGUCUUUGGCACUAUUACGACGAUCUACUACAGCUUCUUCGUGUGA